UGACAUAUGUCAUACUGCAUACAUAUCUUCUUUCAAUGUUGGAAAAUUUAAAUCUUUAAUAAUAAAAAUGCUAUCUUUUAUUGGUCAUAGGCAAGAAUGUUUAUUAUUUUAGUUUAAUAUAUUCUUUAAAGCGUUACAAUGAAACUCGUUUUUAAAAACGUCGAAAAAGAUGGCAGUGGGAGUAUUGCACUCAUUCCCGAGGAGUCGGAAGACAUGUGGCAUGCUUAUAAUCUCAUUGCUGAAGGAGAUUCGGUGACGGCGUCGACUGUACGAAAAGUACAAACUGAAUCGUCAACUGGGUCUUCCACUAGCAAUCGAGUUCGAACGACCCUUACUAUCAGAGUAGAAAAUAUAGAUUUUGAUACUCAGGCCUGCAUGUUGAGAUUAAAAGGCCGUAACAUUGUUGAAAAUCAGUAUGUAAAGAUGGGGGCAUAUCACACUCUGGAUUUGGAGUUAAAUAGAAAGUUCACAUUAUGUAAAAUACUAUGGGACUCUGUAGCUUUAGAGCGGGUUGAAAUGGCCUGUGAUCCAGCAGCCAGCGCAGAUGUAGCAGCUGUUGUGAUGCAGGAAGGUUUAGCACAUGUUUGCUUGAUCACACCUUCUAUGACACUUGUGAGAUCUAAGAUAGAUGUUACUAUACCAAGAAAACGUAAAGGUUUCGUCCAACAACAUGAAAAGGGUUUAAACAAAUUUUAUGAUGCAGUCAUGCAAGGAAUCUUGAGACACAUAGAUUUUAGUAUAGUUAAAUGUGUUAUCUUAGCAUCUCCCGGUUUUGUUAAGGAUCAGUGUUUUGAUUACAUAAUGCAGCAGGCUAUUAAGACAGAUAACAAACUCCUCAUUGAUAAUAAAUCAAAAUUUCUACUGGUGAAGGCAUCAUCUGGAUUCAAGCAUUCUUUAAAAGAGGUAUUGCAGGAACCGUCAGUAAUGAACAAAAUAUCAGAUACAAAGGCCGCAAGUGAAGUGAAACUUUUAGAGGGUUUCUACACCAUGCUGCAAUUGGAGCCAGCUAAGGCUUACUACGGAAAGAAACAUGUGGAGAGGGCUAACGAAGCUAUGGCCAUAGAAACUCUCAUGAUAUCCGAUAAAUUAUUCAGAUGUCAGGACAUACAACAAAGAAAAGAAUAUGUAGCAAUCGUCGAUUCUGCCAGAGAUAAUGGCAGUGACGUAAGGAUAUUUUCAAGCAUGCAUGUUUCAGGGGAACAAUUAGACCAACUUACUGGGAUAGCAGCAAUCCUACGUUUUCCAAUGCCAGAACUAGAAGAUAGCGAUGCUGAAGAUGAAAGUGACUCCGACUCUGACUAGAUAAAAUAGUGUAUGGGUGAAAGGAAAUUUUGCUAAUAUCUGGAUACUUUAAACAAAUAGCCACUCUGAUGUAUGAUUGUUAUUCUAUGUGUUGACUUAUUUUUAAAUUAGAAUUAAUACAAAUGUUACUGAGGUACGAAUGAUGAAUCAUCUAUUUCAACUCUGGGAUGGAGCCCAUUGUAAUUUAUAUAAUUUAUUUAUAGAAUUAAAUAAUAAACCAAUAUCGAAAUAUAGUUCAUUUUAAGUGAAAUAAAACAGCAUUUAAAA